GUUUGUCUUCGACCUUGACGUGCAAAAUACCUCGACGCACAUUAUUCACUCUUCCAAGAAAGUCUUCAUACCAUGGAAUCGAGAGCCAUUAACUUUGGCGCAGGUCCAUCUGCUCUGCCCGUCGCUGUGCUUCAGGAAGCCACCAAAGGUCUCCUGAAUUUCAACGGAACUGGCAUCGGUAUCGCUGAGAUUUCGCAUCGCUCCAAAGAGUUCACGGCGUAUCUACAAGGCGUCGAACAAAAUAUCAGAAAACUUCUCGACGUCCAGCCCACACACUCCAUCUUGUUCACUCAGGGGGGUGGGUCCACGCAGUUCUCAGCCGUCGUGCUGAACAUGCUGGCGCGACACCGCCUCCUCCACCCUCAACUGACAGACGAAGACCGAGUACUGGAUUAUGUUGUUACAGGGUCCUGGAGCAAAAAGGCAGCUGAGGAGGCUAGGCGCAUGGGAGGGAGCACCGUUAACAUUGCAGCCGAUUCUCGCAAAUACUCUCAAGACCAGAAAUCCUUUGACAACAUCCCACCUGCAGAUGCGUAUUCCUUCUCAAAUGACCCAGCUCUCAUUUACUACUGCGCCAAUGAGACCGUCGACGGCGUGGAGUUCUCGGCUGAGGAAACUUCACCAGCCUCUUUUCCCUUCCAUCUUCUUCCAAAAAAUGCACUUCUCCCACUUGUCGGGGAUUAUUCCUCCUCUUUCAUGUCAAGGGCAAUUCCCCAUCUUUCAGACCACGCUAUCAUAUAUGCUGGCGCGCAGAAAAACGUCGGCCCUGCAGGUCUCACCAUCUUAAUCGUCAGAAAUGAUUGUAUCGUUGACGUCGACGCCGCUGCGAGGCUCGGGGCGAUUCCAAUCCCAAUCUGUCUUGCGUACAAAACGCUUGCAGAUCAUAACAGCCUGUACAACACUCCCCCGGUACUCUCCAUCUACAUUACCGGUCUCGUUCUUGAGUACAUGCUCCAGCUAGGAGGGUUGGACUAUUACGCGAGCCUCACAAACCGUAAAUCGAAGAAGCUGUAUGAUGUGCUGAAAGAUGGUGAAACUAAAGGCAUCUUCAAAGGCAAAGUGAAGGAAGGCUCUGGUAGCCAGAUGAAUGUCGUCUUCGACGUCCUUGGCGAAGGGUUGUUAGCCAAGUUCAUUGCUGGUGCAGAGGAGCGAGGCAUGAAGGGUCUCAAAGGCCAUCGUUCCGUAGGAGGGGUCCGAGUGUCCAUAUAUAACGCCGUAACAGAAGAAGAGACAGACCAACUCAUUUCGUAUAUGGAACGGUUCGCAGGACAGCACGAAGUUGACAAGGAGUGAACAGAGCAUUAGGAAAAUCAUGGGUAAUUUGACGGUUCGGACUCGAGUUUAACGUGCAGCUAUCCACUUGUAUUACCCAACAACCAGAGCAUACGCCAGGCAUCAACUGCCAUGGAUGUUUUCGUGAUAAUUUGAUUCUGAAAACCUGAUCUAGCACAGACAGAAACAUUCACUAGGCGUAGUCGUCCUGACGAGGUUACUUAGGUCAAAGUCGUUUUCGGAGUCCAGUGUUUGCCUUUGUGUUCACAUGCUGUGUCCAUGUGAUCAUCGGAAAGCCCCUAUUUUCAUUGUCUCCUUCCUCACCAAUAUUAUGGAUACAAAGUUCGAAC